GCAGCGUGGAGGGUGGUGCGCGCUUCUCCCGAGGUGGAGCUGGUGCUCUGCAGCGCGGCGUCCUCUACCCGCGCCUCUUCCUUGGCUGCCGGCACGUGGGCUGCAGUUUUGCCCAAGCCACGAGACUAAGUGAGCAGUGUCUUUCAGAGUUGGCUGCUUUUCUGGUGUAACUAGUUCCGAUGGCUGGGAAUAAAGGAAGAGGACGUGCUGCUUUUACCUUUAAUGUCGAGGCUGUUGGAUUUACCAGAGGUGAAAAGUUACCUGAUGUGGUAUUGAAGCCACCCCCACUAUUUCCUGAUACAGAUUAUAAGCCAGUGCCACUAAAAACAGGAGAAAGUGAAGAUUACGUGCUGGCCUUGAAACAAGAGCUGAGAGAAACAAUGAAAAGAAUGCCUUAUUUUUUUGAAACACCUGAAGAAAAUCAAGAUAUUGAAAGAUACAGUAAAAGAUAUAUGAAGGUAUACAAAGAAGAAUGGACACCAGAUUGGAGAAGACUUCCAAGAGAGUUGAUGCCAAGGAAAAAAUGCAAAAAAGCAGGCCCAAACUCCAAACAGGCAAAAGAUAGAGGCAGAGGCACUUCACUCAUUAAUCCUUCAGAUGUGUUGAAAAAAAUUGAGGAAUUGGAAAAGCGAGGUGAUGGUGAAAAAUCAGAUGAGGAAAAUGAAGAGAAAGAAGGAAGCAAAGACAAAAGCAAAGAAGGAGAUGACGACGAUGAUGAGGACGGUGCCGCGGAGCAGGAGGACUAUGACGAGGAGGAGCAGGAGGAGGAAAAUGACUACAUUAACUCAUACUUUGAAGAUGGAGAUGAUUUUGGUGCAGACAGUGACGACAACAUGGAUGAAGCCACCUAUUAGACAUUCAAGGUUCAAAACGUAUGUUUAUAAUGCAGCUUCUGAGCAUCUGGACAGACUUAUUUUCUAUUUUAUUUCUGAUAAGGAAUGAGUAUUAUCUUUCUGUUCCUCUUUUGUUGGACAAUUAUUUGCAACCAAAACAUUCAGAAAGAACCACUUUGAGUUUACAUACUAGUUACCUUACGGAUUAGUCUCUGACGCUGACAUUCCUUCUAAACACCUUUGCUGCCCCUCUUAGGUACUUAGCGAAUUUUUUUUUUCCUACGAUUUGGAUUUGAAUGUGCCUAAAGAAUUUUUGCAUCUCAGUCCAUCUAUGUGUACUUGAAAAAAUCAUUCUUGUUUAACUGCUGAUCUUUUGUAAAACUAUUACUAGUCAUAGUCAUAUAUUUCUGUAAUCGGAAAGUUGAUUUAAUACAGCACAUAGAGCACUUUAAAAACAAAAAAACUUGAAAAUGAUUUUAUAUUUUACUUUUACAUGGUAUGUUCUGUGCUACUACAUUGCAAAUAGAUAAACCUACCUGAGCUCUUACAAGUGCAAAUGUAUGAGACUAGAAAUUUUGAGGUCAAAAACAUAUAGGGAAGAAGGCCUAUCAAAGCAAUAUAAAUCUCACCGGCCACAUUUCAUGUAGGAUAUUAUCAAUACUUGAAUUUGGGGUUAAUUUAGUACCAUACAAUAUUGGAGUUAAUCAUUCCACUAUAAUAAAUUUGACUUCUUCAAGUAGUUGGGAUUAUGAAAAAUUAGGCUGAGAGGUCUUGUUUUUUUUUGUACUUCAUGGAGUGUGGAGUAAGUUCUGGUCAUAUAAAUACCACUGCAGAAUAUAUGUGUGUGAAUUCUGUGAGGUGUAGCAGCCUCUGUUUCAGACAGUUUAUAAACUUUACAAUUAAUUUAUAGAAUCACAUAGAAUGAACUCAGGUCAUUUGGAAAUUAAGAUUGAUCUUUUUUGUUUGACUUAAAAGCUAGCUCCCUUACCUUUUUAUAUUUUGGGGAAAAAAAUAACCAAAAACCUCAGCCUACAAGACUCUCACAGAUGCCAAAGACUUUUUAAAGAAAUUCAUAUUAUGUAUUUCACAUUUUAUUUAUUAAUAUUUCCCACCAAAACAAAUUUUCUUUUUCCCCUUGGGGAGGAUAGCACCUUUUACCCACUAACCUGGGAAAUCAGAGUCCUAGACUCUAUUUCUGCCUUUACUAUUUAUUUUGUUGUUGCAGUUGUCAUUGUUGUUUAGCAGGCCCAGGUUGGGUUCAAACCUGCCAGCCCUGGUGUAUGUGGCCGGUGCCCUAACCACUGAGCUACAGGCACCGAGCCUACCUGUACUAUUAAACGCAACCUUCAAACUAGCUUGGCUAAGUUUUUGUGCCUUAGUUUCUCCCCUUAUAAACAACCUCCUAUAAAAAAUUGUUUACAGCUGGAUGCAGUGGCUCACGCCUGUAAUCCUAGCACUCUGGGAGGUUGAGGCAGGUGGAUCGCUUGAGCUCAGGAGUUGGAGACCAGCCUGAGCAAGAGCAAGAUCCCCGUCGCUACAAAUAGCCAAGCUUUGUGGCAGGUGCCUGUAGUCCCAGUUACUAGGGAGGCUGAGGCAAGAGAAUCGCUUGAGCCCAAGAGUUUGAGGUUGCUGUGAGCUGUAAUGCCACAGCACUUAACUCCCAGCAACUGAGUGAGACUCUGUCUCAAAAAAAAAAAAAAAAAAAUUGUUCAAACACCAACCAACAUUUACCAUAUGUAUUCAUUGUGUUAAGAGAAAGGAUCAUUUCUUAACCAGUUCUCACUGUCUAAAAGCAUAUAGUUUGGAAAAUAACUGACAAUACAGUUUUGAGACAUAAACAUGUUUUCCUCACAAAAUAUAUUGUAAUCUGAUUUUCCCAUCCUAUGUUUGUGCGUAAAAUUGGAGGAAACUUUUAUUGUCUUGUGCCAUUUUAUAAAAUAACUUUCUCAGGAAAGAUUUUUAAUGGUAAUAGUUCCUCAUAUCAAGGUGUCUGAAGACCCGUCUUACUAGUUUAGUGCUGUGCUGAUCAUAUUUAAUUACUUGUUUAAAGGAAUUGAAAAUUGUAUUAAAGAUUCUAAAUGACAAGCAUGUCUAAGUGUAAAGAAUAAAUCUACUAUACUUAGAGUAAAAACCUCACAUAAAGUUGUCAUUUGAGAUUGAUAAUUAAUCAUAGAUGUUUUAUCCUCUGACUUUAGUACCAAAACCAAAUGCCAUUUAGUUCUUAGAAACAUUGUCUCCGCUGUUUUGUUUACUUCAGAGAUAACCACUUGAAUCAGGCAAAUACACUGAAGGGUAUUUCUUUUCCUAGCUUUCGAUUUAUCGUCACCAUUUCCGUCCUGCAGAUAGUAGAGCAGCCUUUUCCCGGAGGCCCCAGUCAUCUCCUUUACUUUCUUUCCCCCUUUGGAAGAUCUUCUUACAAUUUUAAAAGUAUGCUAAAUUGUGAAGAAUCAGGAUCUACAGGUUGCUUUACUAGCAUGAAUCUUGUUUUUCUGGCUUAAAAUCUGAGAGUCUGAAGUUAUUCCAUGGGAAGAUAAAUGUUAUUUUGCAGAGAUAGCCUCAGAUAUAUAUAUAUAUAUGUGUGUGUGUGUAUAUAAUAUACAUAAGUAUUUGAAGUGUCUUUAAAAUUGCUGUAAUAAGCAAAACUGGUUGCUAUAAUGCUUAUUUUUCUGUAUUUGUUUACACAUUAAAUUCUUAGAAAACAAAUUGUAUCCUUGUGUCUUAUUUUAAGAUGUUUUAUUUUGAAUUUACUUAAACAUAUUUAUUUGGUAAACUAAUUUUUUAAUACAGAUUUUACUUAAUAAAGUCUUUGUAUAUUGAGCAGGGAUGGCUGUAUCAAAUAUUCUUGAACUACCACCACAAGUAACAAAACUCUAAGCAUGUGAUUAUGAAAAAAGUGAUAACUUAGAAGAUUUGGCAGACAACGUAGUAUUCAUGUGAUCACUGGAAUCUUAAUGCAGAGGAUUCUUAUUAACCUUUCUUUCCAUCACCACCCUCAAACGCACAGUGUCAAUGGCUUUGUUUUAAUAUAAAAUCUCUGUAGUAAAAAUUUCCUUUUGUUUUAAUUAUUAAAUCAUAGCUGUGUACAUUAUUGCAAUCAUGGGGCACCAUACACUGGUUUUCUAAACAGUUUGACACAUUUUCAUCACACUGAUUAACAUAGCCUUCUUGGCAUUUUCUUAGUUAUUGUGUUAAGACAAUUAUAUUCUACAUUUACUUGGAUUAAUAAAUUGUGGUAUAUGUAUACCAUGGAAUAUUAUGCAGCCUUAAAGAAAAUGGAGACUUUACCUCUUUCAUAUUUACAUGGAUGGAACUGGAACAUAUUCUUCUUAGUAAAGUAUCUCAAGAAUGGAAGAAAAAAUAUCCAAUAUACUCAGCCCUACUAUGAAACUAAUUUAUGGCUUUCAUAUGAAAGCUAUAACCCAGUUAUAACCUAAGAAUACGGGGAAGGGGGAAAGGAGGGGAGGAUGGGCAGAGGGAGGGUGAUUGGUGGGAUUACACCUGUGGUGCAUCUUACAAGGGUACAUAUGAAAAAAUUUCCUUUUUAACAAAAAACGUUAUAAACUUUUUAAGAUCAAAAUCCUUUAAAAAAUGGAAAAACAGAUUAUACUGAAAAUUCUAUUAAAUAAAUAAAAAUACUUUCUCAGCAUUUCUGCUAUACAUAAUUUUUUUGAAUGAAUAUCCUUGAGGUAGAGAUUGUAUCCUUAAAAUUCACAUAUACAGACUAUAUGACUGAUCCACAACUUCACAGCAAUUUUUAGACGUCUUACCAGGUCAUCUUCCCUGAGGAAAAUCCCCCAAACUACAUACAAACAAUCCCAUUCGUUUCAUCAUAGCAAGUGGGA